AUCUCUAUAUAAUGUCUGAAUUUGAUUAACCUUUCACUCCAUCACUUUUCAUUGUUUUAUUCUUUCCUUUUCUCUAUUUUUUGAGUUUAAAAAAACAAAAAAAUUCAAUUCAGAAAUGGCAAGUCAUCAGGAUAUUAGCCACAAGGCUGGUGAGAUUGUUGGCCAAGCUCAGGUAAAGAAGGAUGAGAUUUUGAACCAAGCAUCUCAUGCAGCUCAUGAUUCCAAAGACAAAGCAUCUACGCAUGACCAAUCGCCCGCCCAAACUGCCUCUAACCUCAAGGACCAAGCUGCAAAUUUCCUUCAACAGACCGGAGAGCAAGUGAAGAACAUGGCACAAGGAGCAGCCGAUGCAGUGAAGAAUACACUUGGAAUGAACACUGAUAACACUCCAAACACCAACAAUCCUACCAAUAACCCUACCAACAAUCCAUCUACUAGAAUUUAAAAGAUGAACCAUUAAUUAUUAUUUCAUUUUUUUUCUCUAUUUUUUGAAGUUUUAUCUUUUUUUGGUGUUUUAAUUAAUUUGCUUCUGUAUAAAUAAUUGAAAGGAAGAGUGUGAUGAAUGGAUCCCAUUCCUUUUCACAAUAAAAUUUCUAGUUUUGUUGUUA